ACUGUUUGAAGCACUGGGUUUGAUCGCCUAAGAGGAGGGACUCUGCUGAGGAUACCCCACAGGGAAUCUAUUGGGUAUCUCUGUCAUCUCAGACUCUUCCCUGAUAUGGAACAAAGUGAAGGUGAACAGGAAUCCCAGCCAGAGAGUCACGUGGAUAGCAAGAGCAGCGUGAAAUCCUUGCCUGGGGGAGUGGCCCAUGUCAAACUGGAGAUAAAAAAACAUGCAGUUACGGAUGACUACAAACUCUCCAAACGGGUGCUAGGGUUAGGAAUCAAUGGCAAAGUACUGGAGUGUUUCAACAAGGAGACAGGCCAGAAAUGUGCUUUGAAGCUCCUGUAUGACAACCCAAAAGCCCGUCAGGAAGUAGAAUAUCAUUGGCGAGCAUCAGGGUGUCCCCACAUUGUCCAUGUCCUGGAUGUUUAUGAGAAUAUACAUCAUGGAAAGAGAUGCCUCCUCAUUGUCAUGGAAUGCAUGGAGGGAGGAGAGCUGUUUAGCAGGAUCCAGGAGAGAGGAGAUCAAGCUUUCACUGAGAGAGAGGCCUCUGAAAUAAUGAGAGACAUCGGAACAGCCAUCCAGUAUCUGCAUUCAAUGAACAUUGCCCAUAGAGACGUCAAGCCUGAAAACUUGCUUUACACGUCUAAAGAGAAGGAUACUGUACUCAAACUCACAGACUUCGGCUUUGCCAAAGAAACCACUGUACAAAAUGCGCUGCAGACCCCCUGUUACACUCCUUAUUAUGUGGCCCCAGAAGUCCUUGGUCCUGAGAAGUAUGACAAAUCAUGUGACAUGUGGUCAUUGGGUGUCAUCACAUAUAUUCUCCUAUGUGGGUUCCCUCCAUUCUACUCAAACACUGGUCAAGCCAUUUCUCCAGGGAUGAAGAGACGAAUUCGGAUGGGGCAAUAUGGGUUUCCCAAUCCAGAGUGGGCUGAAGUAUCAGAGGAAGCCAAACAACUGAUUCGCCAUUUACUGAAGACUGACCCAACAGAGAGGAUGACAGUUUCUCAAUUUAUGAAUCACCCUUGGAUUAACAGAUCAAUGGCAGUGCCACCAACUCCUCUUCAUACUGCACGGGUCCUGCAAGAGGAUAAAGACCACUGGGAUGAAGUUAAAGAGGAGAUGACCAGUGCUUUGGCUACCAUGAGGGUGGACUAUGAUCAGGUGAAAAUCAAAGACUUGAAAACAUCCAACAACCGCCUCCUGAACAAACGCCGUAAGAAGCAGAAGCAGGCAGGCACCUCUUCUGCAGCCCCAGGGUGCAACAACCAAUGACAAGAGAAGCCAAGGACCUGUGGGUGGGAGGUAAAAACAAAAAGGAACAAUUUAAAAUCAGUAUGAUCAACUCAGUCCGUACCACAAAGGCAAUGAGACCGUGAAGAAGCUAUCCUGCAAAGAGGGAGCAGUGUGAAAAAUUACAUUUUUAUAACUUGAAUCAGGGCUUUGCUUUUAAAGGCUAAUGUAUAUGACGUGAUUCUGUUGCAUAUUGCUAGGGAAGGUACAGUAAUACCAGAAAUGUUACGGGUUUUUGUUUUGGCUUUAACUGCAUUGGACAAGAGGAGAGAACAGGAGGCAGUCUCAGCAUGCUAAUGCACUGAGGCUUUAACAGCCACCUACAAGAAUAACUUCUGCUACCGUUUUAAACUUGGGAACAGAAAAAAUGCCAAGUGUCCUGCUAGGAGCGUUUUAGUCGUUCAAACUUGAGUACUGAGAAAGAAGAAAAAUGUCACUGCUCUUUAUAUGAGCAGCACAGGUAUAGUUCUAUUAUGGAUGCAUCUGGACAGCAUUUUGUGUUAGAAUUGGUAAUAGUCAAUAUUUCCAAACUUACCUCCUAUAGUUACAGAAUAUCACCUAAACAGUAAACAGUUAUUUCUGUUACAGGAAAAAGCAUCCAUACAUUUCCAUUUUCAUAAAGUCUUCAUGUAGUCUCGUGAAGAUUUGAGUUUGUCAUGGAUUCUCAUUUGAUAACAUGUAAGUUUUCUAAACUGUAACCAUUAUGUCGUGUCUAUGCCACUGUCAGAUCCCUGUCUUGUAAUGUUUUUAAUUUAAUGGUACUUUAUGUGAAGAGUUUUAAUAAGGAUUUAAUUAGUUGAAAGUGUCCUGCAGAGAAUAUUGUUCUUCCUCUUGGAUCCACAACCUCUAGGGCUUGCAACUGGACAUGCAAUUGUGUACAAGAGACUGCUCUAGAAGAGAGACUUCUGAAAUUCGGGAAGAAGUGGCAAAUGCAUGUUCUCUGAAUGGACCCUGGUGUCUGCCAGCAUCCCAUCUGGUAAUUAUCUCCAGAUCCUGUGCCUAAGAUGUGCUGAUAAUGGCAAAUUUUGGAGUGCUGGGGUUGGUUUGUUUCCUGGGGUCAGGGAGGGGGAGGGUGCUACUUUAUUUGCAGUGUUUUGUCAGUGUUUCUGGAUCCAAAGAUUUUCGCCACCUGAGGGAGAUUACCUAUAAGUAUAUCCACCCAUUGUUUUUUUUCCUAUUCUAAUUCUUGUUUUAUGGGAUCCUAGCCUUGGUUUGCUAAUUUGUUUUACUUUGUGAUCAAAAUAUUUCCUCUUGCUGUAUUUUGGGGUUUUUUUUAGUUGAGGUGAAGCAAAUAUUUGUGAAAGUAUUAUCAGAGUCUAGGAUGAAAAUUACGUGCUUCCAGUGAUGCAGGCAAAAACUGCUUUGUGGUAGACACACAGAGUACCGCUGUGUUAAUAGGCUCGGAAGAAUGUUAAAAGACAAAAAGGAAAUCAAGGCUCCAGAGGGGAUCUGAGUCGUCAAAUCUGACUGCCACAUAGAUCUUGUUACCUCCAGCAAAGAUCAACUUGAGGCUUUGGACGUUGUCUGGGGAGCCCUGUUCCCAUCUUCAAGGUGUUGGAUGAGACCUCCAUUCUUCUUUGUGAACUGGUCCUAGGGUUUUAUAAACUGAUUGUAAUAAAUAGUGUUA